AUGAACUUCCCCUCGUCGACGUCGGCCGCGAACCGGUACAAGCUGAUGGGCGACGACCUGUACAAGCGGUCAGAGAAGAUCAACGCCGAGCUGUUCACGUUGACGUACGGCGCGCUGGUGGUGCAGCUGGUGAAAGACUACGAAGACUAUGAGGAGGUGAACAAGCAGCUGGACAAGAUGGGCUACAACAUCGGCGUACGAUUGAUCGAGGACUUCCUGGCACGGACAGGAUUGGCGCGGUGUCGAGACUUUUCCGAAGUAGGCGAAACGAUGGCCAAGGUCGCCUUCCGCUCCUUCCUCUCCAUCACCCCAACCCUAGUCCACCACCCCGCCCAACCCCCUUCACAGCCUCAACCCGCCUUCUCGCUCAUCUUCGACGAGAAUCCUCUGACGGAUUUCGUUGAGUUGCCUGAGGAGGCGGUUGAGGGCGGGCUGGUGUAUGCGAAGAUUCUGGAGGGAGUGAUCAGGGGCGCGAUGGAGAUGGUCCAGACGAGCGUCGAGGCGAAGAUCGUGUCGGACGCGUUGCGAGGGGACGAGAAGACGGAGCUGCGAGUGACGCUGAUUCGCCAUCUCGAGGAGGAGAUGCCGCCGGGCGACGAGUAG